AGAUAUUCGCAUCGUUUUACAAACACCGCAUUUGAGGUUACAUCCAGCUUCGACGGUGUUCGCGUAAAAAUCAGUUUUGUCCUGUAUUUCUCAAUAGAAUCAGUGAAGAAAAGGUUUUAAAAUGUCGAUCGGAGUUCCAAUCAAAGUUCUUCACGAAGCCGAAGGCCACAUUGUCACGCUCGAGACAAUUACAGGCGAAGUUUACCGCGGAAAGUUGAUCGAAGCGGAAGACAACAUGAAUUGCCAAAUGACACAAAUUACGGUAACCUAUCGCGAUGGACGCACAGCAAAUUUGGAGAACGUUUACAUCAGAGGAUCAAAGAUUCGUUUCCUUAUCCUGCCGGACAUGCUGAAGAACGCGCCGAUGUUUAAAAAGCAAACAGGAAAAGGCGGGACGGCGGGGAGAGGGAAGUCUGCGAUAUUACGAGCGCAGGCGAGAGGGAGAGGCCGGGGUAACGUCGGAAGAGGCGCUCCUGCUGCGGCCGGCAGAGGCGCCUGGCAAGGAGGCCCAACUGGCGGACGGGGCAGAGGUGGGCUAUAAAGUGACAUCAAUUAUGCAUUUUCACCUGCUUUUACCUAUAAAGUUUGUAUUUUAGUCGUUAAGGACUUUCAAAUAAAUAGCUCUGGGUUUUGAACUAAAAAUUAAA